CACCGAUGGAAAAACAACCUUCUGGUAUGAUCACGGCAUACUUUAAAGGCUCAAGUAAUGGCAUUCUCUAAUGCAUAUCUAGCCGUAUUGCGAAAGAAGUUUUCCUACUAGUUUCCAUUGUAAUUAUUGGAAUUAUUGUACCAGUGAUUUUCAAUGAUAAAGAAAAUUGCACUCCUGUUGACCUAACCAGCCUUCGAUACACUCGAGACCUAGACAUUCCAGUUCACGGCGACACGAGUCAAAUGCUCACCCUGAAUGGAGACAGGGUUCUUAUGGCUGAUUCGAGGAACAGUAAAAUGAAAAUGAUUGACCUGCGUACUAACAAAUUGAUGUUCGAGGUCAGUCUGCAAAGUCAACCACAGAGCAUGUGUAUCCUUUCAGGGGAGAGGUUGGCUGUAUGUUUACCAAAUAAAGGACGUAUUCAGUUCCUCAAGACACUAGGACAACUCUCCCUUGAGGAAGACAUCAAUGUGUAUAGUAGAUGUUUAGCUAUUGGUUACCAUAAUGGCAGGUUAAUAGUAUCUUACACGGGUGGAAAGUUUGAGAUAAUGGACAUGGGUGGGAACGUGGUCAAAACGAUUGACAAAGAUGACAGUAGACAGUCAAUAUUUGGCAAACCAUCUCACCUGGAAGUGGUAAGUGAAGAUAAAACAGCAGUGAUAUAUGUAUCGGACAGUAGUAAGUCCACCAUCACCAAGCUGGACAUGAACCUGAACAUUCUGCGAACAUUUAAGGAUCCUGCACUGAAAGCACCAGAAGGCAUCACUGCUGUUGGAAACCAGCUUCUCGUCUGCGGUUGGGGUAGUAACAACAUCAUGUGCAUGGACCUGCCCAGUGGCAAAAUGACACAACUGCUGGGUAAGGUGGAGGGGAUAGAGCGUCCUAGAACUGUUUCUUACAAUCACAAGCAGAACCAUAUCUAUGUCACUUUUGAUACAAGCAAUUCAGUCAAGGUUUACAAGGAAGAUCAAACACUGAAUUGAAAUUUUGGACGUUAGUAUUGCUAGAUGGAUGUUUUUACCUUCUAUGGAUAGUGUUUGUGUUCAUAAAGGUCUACUCUAUCGGGUUGGCUGUAAUAAUAUUGUAAUAAUUUAUAUUAGUUUGUUUCUUACAAAGGGUUGAAAGUUGCUUUUAUUACACAUAAUACGACACGUUAUAAAUAACUAUUUUCUUUGAAAAUCAGUAGGUUUCAUUUUUCUGGAAAGUCAUGACAAAAUAUAUAAUAGUUUAUAUUUUAUCAACAGAUGCAAUUAUAAUUAUUGAGAGUUUAUAUUUUUGUUCAUAUUGUAAUGCGCUUAUCAUAUUAUGUAAUUGUUUGCCAUAUUAUAUUUUGCCUGUGCUUUAUAUAUGUAUUGUUCGCGCGCUUCUGUUGUUUGGAGCAAUAGUUUAGUUUAUGUAAUAAAGCUCCCUUUAACCCCUUAUGCAGUUGUUUGUCUAAGUUUAAUUAAGCUACUUAAUUGAAUUUAGACAAACUACUGCUGGGGCCUCCUUUUUCACACCUUCUGGUCAUGUGACCUCUAAUGUUUUGUUUUUUUCUGGGAGUCAAUUCCUCGCUCCAUGCUAGUUAUUACAUGCGCGCUUAUCAGACUGGACGUUUAUAUUACCCUCCCACCCAUUCCCAAUUUCUAGGUACACUCUUAUUUCUUUUAGUUUUCUUCCCCUUAUGGGUAUGACGAUUAGUUUAUAUUUUAUCAACAGAUGCAAUUUUAAUUAUUGAGUGGUUAUAUUUUUGUUCAUAGUGUAAUGCGCUUAUCACAUUAUGUAAUUGUUUGCCAUAUUAUAUUUAGCCUGUGCUUUAUAUAUGUAUUGUUCGCGCGCUUCUGUAGUUUGGAGCAAUAGUUUAGUUUAUUUAGAAGCUGGACUAUUCGAAUAAAAAGGAGGACUAUAAUACUCGCCCUGGCAUUUGCAUUUACGUCCAGUUUAAACUUGAGAGCAAGUCGGCAUUUUUACUUAUGAAAACAUCCCACAAUAAGGUAAUAUAACUCCAUAUCAUCCUACAAACAACGCAUUGGCACCUGAUUGACUUACAAACUUAGGUCAAACUUAAGUGCACUUUAUGAUCAGUAAACGUUUUGAGUUGGCAUUUUCCCUUAUGGCUCCAAUACAAUUCAUACUCCAAACAAAUGAUCAGGACCAUCACUCGAUUAGAUUAGAUAACUCCUUAUCAUCCGUUAUGCAAAGAAUAGCCACUGAUCGACUUAGGAACUGAUAUUAAAGUUUUAGGGCAUAUCGUUUAGCUGGUUUAAGUUCUAGUAUAUAUUUUCAUUUAUAACUCCCAUACCAUUCAUUCUACUGAAGUCAUAUUUCAUUUACAAUUUAAAUUACAAUUAUUAACGGCCAUCAUACAAUUAGGUUUACUUACAUAACUUCAUAUUAUCCUAAAACAAAUAACGGCCAUUGAUCGACCUAGAAAGUUUGGUUAAAAUUUCAGGGGAACUCUGGGAUUUAAUUCAGAUGUCGAAUAUCAUUCAUUCAAUUAAAUUCAUACAACACACAGUUGUCCAGGGCCAUCACACAAUUAAGUUAGAUAACUCUGUUUGUCACUAAAUACA